AUGGAAGCGACUGCUCCGGCUGUCCUGUCCCCGAACUCGUAUUACUCAUCCCUCGACUUCUUCUCCCUCGCCGGUCUUGACGGGCAUACACCCAACCAGGACCUCGACUCGCCCGUAGGUCUAGGUGGCGAGGCGCUCGACCCCGGCCCAUCCCAUCCGCAACGUGCGUCGAGCGACAACGCUUCGCCCGACGCCCCACUCGACGAUCCAUCGCCCAUCGCGCUCGACAUUUCCCGUAGCUCCAGUGCUGCAGGGCACAGUAGACCUGCAGUGCCACAGCACAAGACGUCUCGUUCGUCUCUGGCAUCCUCUGGCCAUAACCACCAACAACAGUACAACCCUCACCACCACUUUGGCGCGGCUAGCUCGAUGGAUGUCGACCAGCAGAACAACAGUGGCCAGGUGUCGGGAUCUGGCCACAACACACCCGCUCUCGGCGCGUCCCACAUGGUGAACAUGGACCUGGCGGGUGCGGCAUACGAUGCUCUCCAGGCAGGCCUGCUUCAAAGCCAGCUCGAGUCUAUCCACAUGCAGUCGCCAUUUAUGGGAGCCACCAACCCAACUUCGCCCUACGGCACCAUGGCACAAAUGUUCCUCACCUCACCGCCUGAGAACUCGGCCUCGACCUCUUUGCCCGACUCGCACAGUCAGUUUGACCGCCCUGCUUUCCAGCGCAAGUACAGCUCAUCAAACGGUCUCCCUGGCGUUCUCACUCCGGGCCCAAGUGGCGAGAUGAUGCCUGACAACCGCAUGGACCUCAUGAGCCCCAUGCAGCUCGAGAUGCUCGCUCGCGGUGAGAUGAUUGAGGGGAUGGAAAACUUCAACCCCGUCCCGUUGCUGUCCCCUGCCCUUUCGCAAAGUGCAUCGUCGUACACGUCUCCCGUCGCGCAUGUCGCUUUCAACAGCGCCAGGGAUGCAGCAAGCGCCAACCAGCACGCCCUUGAACAGCUGCAAGUGCAGCAACUCCAGUUCCAGGAGCAGCUUGCUCUUUUGCAAGAGCAGCAGCGUCAGCUGCAGGCCACCGCGGCUGCCGUCGCCGCGGCAAGUGGUUCUCCAUUCUUGGGCGCCCAGCAGUCGUCACAGCAACAGUCCCGACAGGCCGUGACGCCUGGUGUCUCUGGCGCUCACUCGGGUGGCUCAAUAAGCACACCUUCACCCGGCUCGUACUUCAGCCCCCUGACGUCGCCCGCCCUCGAGCCUGCGGUUAGCAGGUCUGCGGCCCUCCGUGCGGCCGCUGCCCACGCCCACGCCCACGCCCACCUGUCGCCCGCCCUCCACAGUCAGCAGAUCCAGCGCCAGCCUCAUCCACUUUCGGCCUUGUCGUCACCGGCUCUCAACCCCGUCGGCUCCUCGGGAGGAGCUCAACAGACUCUGUCGCCGGCCCUCGCGCCUCAGAACAGCAACGACUUUGGAGACCCAGACUAUCUCAAUGCUCUCCAAGGAAUUCUGGACGGCUCGUCGGACGCCAACAAUGGGUUCCAAGGUUCACCAGUUAUUGGACCCAGCGGUGCGCCCCUCUCCUCGCCUCACCUUACCGCCAGCGGUACAGGUCCCCACCGGUCCCUGCCGGCCAAGUCGCGCCCUUCGCCCAUGAUGAAGCCGACCCACCACCGCUCUCACGUCAGACAGCCCUCGACCUCUGUGCCAACGUCUCCCAUGGCCUUCAAGGUGCCCCAGCAGGCUGGUAACGGCAUGGGAUAUCUGCCUCCAGCUGCCAUCGACCAGCGUGGUGUUCAGCAGCAGCAACAACAGGCCCAGCAGGGAUCGCACAGCACCUCGUCAACGCCCUCUCCUGUCGAUCUCACCCAUAUUAUGCCACCACCACCAGUGCCCAGUUCGAACGCGAGGCCCAAGAGCCUCAUGCCUAUGACUCCCGCGACUCUCAUGAACCUCGGCAAGCACGAGGGACCUGCAGUCAUACCCGAGCACCAACAGGAGUCCCGUCGGCAGGCCGAUGCGCCCCCACCGCGUGCUGCAGCCAAAAAGGCCACCACGGCCAUUGCACCCGCGUCCCAGCCCGCUCCCAAGCGUGGCAGCAGGCUAGUCCCCUCUGGCGGUGCGGCUGCGACAAAGCGCGCCCUGGCUAUCCGUCCUCCAGGCGGUGUGGGUGUCCGCGCUGCCACCAAGGGCGCAGCAGCCGCUGCGGCCGCUGCUGCAGCCACCACCGAGCCCGAGACUCGCCGCACCUCGCACAAGGCUGCAGAGCAGAAGCGCCGCGACAGCUUGAAGGCAGGCUUUGACGAGCUGCGCUUGUUGUUGCCAGCUAUCAACACUGAGGCGUUGGAUCCAGAAUCCGGCGAGCCCAUCCCUGGCUCGUCUGCUCCCCGCUUGUUACCCAAAUCCUCCCUUGUUCCCGACGACAACCCCAACCGCGGCGUGUCCAAGGUCGCCCUCCUCAAGUUCUCCAACGAGUACAUUGUCCGUCUCCACUCCAAAGUCGAGAAGCGCGACGCAUACGUUGACAAGCUGCGCGACGAGAUCCGUCGUCUGCGCGGUCUUGGCGAGCCGGAAUUUGCCGACGACGAGAUCCGCGGCGACGAGGGCGAGGACCUGCUGGACAUGGACAUGCUCGAAGGCGAAGAAGACGACCUGGGAUCCGACGAAGAGGACGAGGAUGAGGACGACAUGGACGUGGACGAGGGCCGGGAAGUGGCUGCUGCCUCAGUGGCCACUUCGAGCCGUAAGGGAUCUGCAAGUAGCAAGGUCGGCAAGAGCCCAGCUUUGGGACCAACAAAACGCCCUGCACCCCGGAGCGCGGCUGGCAAACGCCGGGGAGAGUGA